AUGGAACCCUACCACCCAACUUCUAAACCCUCCAAACCCCAUUUCUUCUCUCGCAGACUCAACCUUUACUCUCUUGUCGCCUUCCUCUGCAUCGUCUCUUACCUCGUCGGAGCCUAUCAACCAGGCGGCUUGCUUACCACUUCCGCCGCUGCCGCCGCCACUACCAUCGCUGCCCUCAGACGUACUCCAUGUUAUCCCAAGCCCAAUACCCUCAACUUCCAUUCCCUCCACAAUGCCUCACUUCCGACAUCGGAACCAGCCAAGCACUACCCUCGCUGCGGCGUCGAGUACAGCGAGUACACGCCGUGCGAGGAUCGCGAUAGGUCGUUGAAGUACUCGAGGAGCAGGGUGAUUUACAGAGAGAGGCAUUGCCCGGAGAAGAAGGAGUUGCUUAAGUGUCGUAUUCCCGCGCCGUUUGGGUAUAAGAUUCCGUUUCCGUGGCCGGAGAGCCGUGACGUGGUUUGGUACGCUAAUGUGCCUCACAGGGAGCUGACGGUGGAGAAGGCGGUGCAGAAUUGGGUCCGGUACGAGGGUGAUCGGUUUAGGUUCCCUGGGGGAGGGACCAUGUUUCCUAAUGGUGCGGACGCGUACAUUGAUGAUAUCGGGAAGUUGAUCGAUCUCCGAGAUGGCUCCAUCAGAACCGCCCUGGACACUGGUUGUGGGGUAGCGAGUUGGGGAGCGUAUUUGAUGUCUCGAGGGAUAAUAACAGUGUCCAUAGCCCCAAGAGACACGCACGAGGCACAAGUUCAGUUCGCUCUUGAACGAGGAGUCCCUGCUCUCAUAGGAGUCUUGGCCUCCAAGAGGCUCCCUUUCCCUUCUAGGGCUUUCGACAUUGCUCACUGCUCUCGCUGCCUCGUCCCCUGGGCCCACUACGAUGGGAUGUAUUUGAAUGAAGUGGAUCGGGUUCUGCGACCCGGUGGAUAUUGGAUCCUGUCGGGUCCACCCAUAAACUGGAGGAGUCACUGGAAAGGGUGGGAGAGAACAAAGGAGGAUCUGAAGGAAGAGCAGAAGAGUAUUGAGAGGGUAGCGAUAAGCCUGUGUUGGAAGAAGGUGGUGGAGAAGGGUGAUAUCGCCAUUUGGCAAAAGCCUAUCAACCAUUUUCACUGCAAACCCAUUCAUCGUUCUUUCUGUCCCUCUAACAAUCCCAUUCCUGACCUCGCCUGGUACACAGACAUGGAAACUUGUUUGAGUCGUCUGCCGGAGGUAAGGAAGAAGGAGGAGACAGCAGGUGGCGUAUUGAAGAAGUGGCCUGAAAGAUUAAGUAAUGUUCCUCCAAGGAUUUAUAAGGGAACAAUAGAAGGAAUCAGUGCAGAGACAUUCAAGGAAGAUUCUGAAGUGUGGAAGAAACGAGUUUCUUAUUACAAGCAAGUGAACACUGAGAUUGGUAAAUCCAGAUAUCGUAACUUCCUAGACAUGAACGCUUAUCUUGGUGGCUUCGCAGCUGCUUUAAGUAAAGAUCCCGUUUGGGUCAUGAACGUGGUUCCUCCUCAGGCUCAGGUUAACACACUUGGCGCCAUAUUUGAAAGAGGAUUGAUCGGAACCUAUCAUGAUUGGUGUGAAGCAAUGUCUACUUAUCCUAGAACUUAUGAUCUUAUUCAUGCUGAUUCUGUAUUUGGUCUUUACGAGAACAGAUGUGAGAUGGAGGAUAUUUUGCUAGAAAUGGAUAGGAUUCUGAGACCAGAAGGAAGUGUAAUUAUCAGAGACGAUGUGGAUAUUAUAGUAAAAGUGCAGAAACUGGUAGAAGGAAUGGAGUGGGAGAGUCAAAUUGUUGACCAUGAAGAUGGGCCUCUUCAACGCCAGAAACUUCUGUUUGUCGUCAAGAAAUAUUGGACUGCUCCCCUACCUUCAUCUAUUUCUAAGAGAUGA